UUCUAUUUAUUUGAAAUGUCCAGAAUAAGCAAAUCCACAAAGACAGAGCAGCAGAUUGAUGGUUGCCAGGAGCAAGGAAAGGGAUUAUAGAGUGACUGCUAAUGCGUAGAGUUUCCGUUUGGAAUGAUGAAGAAGUUCUGGAACUGGAUAAUGGUUAACAGUUAUACAACGUUGUGAAAGUAAUUAAAGACACUGAAUUGUACACUUUAAAAUGGAUAAGAUGGCAAAUUUUAUGUUAUAUAAAUUUUACCACCACCAUCGCCAUAACAAAAAAUGCGUAGAAUGGUGCCUGGUAGGGAACCAGUGCCACAUAGGUAUUAGCUAUUAUUAUUAGGAUACAUCCUAGGCUCUCAAUAAAUGUUCAUUGUCCUGAAAAGAACAUCUACUAUGAGCGAGGCACUUGACAUUUCUUUUCCAUUUAAUCCUCACAACCUUGGGAAGAAGAAAUUACAUUCAUUUUAUACAAUAAAAGAGGAAAUAGACUCAGGGAGGUGUCACAACAGACUUGUGAGGGAGGUAGAAUAAGUUAAAGCGCAAAAAAUCCAUACAAAAAUUCAGUGUUAUCUAAUAAUAAUAUAUAUUAAAUAUUAGUUUCCAUAUAGUAAACACUACGGAAAUGGGAGCCUCGGGAUCCAGGGCGAUUGAUUGGUAAAGUCCCAAGGCAGAGCAGACGCAGGAGAUUGGACGCUCCAUGAUUCCUCCGGGCCAGAAUCUGUGGAGUGGCGCCCCCUGGAGGCCGCGGGGAGUCGCCAGCCGAUCCGCGCAGGCGCAGCCCGGUGCUCUAAGCGCCGGCAGCUGGCGCGGGGCUCGGCGAUGGUGCUGUCCGCCUCAGACACCGCGGCAGUGCGCGCGCUGUGGAAGAAGCUGGGUAAUAACGUCGGCGUCUACACGACCGAAGCCCUGGAGAGGACCUUCCUGGCCUUCCCCUCCACCAAGACCUACUUCCUCCACCUGGACCUGAGCCCCGGCUCCACCCAGGUCAAAGCCCACGGCCAGAAGGUUGCUGACGCACUGACCCUGGCCGUGGACCACCUGGACGACUUGCCCCACGUCCUGUCAGCUCUGAGCGACCUGCACUCGCACAAGCUGCAAGUGGACCCCGUCAACUUCAAGGUUAGCAUGCGGGCUGAAGCUGGACCCGCUUGCCAGGGGUGGGAGGAAUUCUCACCAGGGAAGGGUGUGGAGGGACAGAUGGACAACUCCCUCUCUCCGCAGCUCCUGAGCCACUGCUUGCUGGUGACCCUCGCCAGGCACUACCCUGGAGACUUCAGCCCUGCCCUGCAGGCCUCACUGGACAAGUUUCUGAGACACGUGAUUUUGGCUCUCGCCUCCGGCUAUCCCUAAACUGGGAGUGGAUGGUCGGUCGCAAGAACCCCCAGCCGCCCCUUCCCGCGAUUUUACAGUGUUUGAGUAAAGUCCCCGGAAGAAAGCCUCCGCCUGAGUGCGUGUGUUCCCUAGAAGGUGCGCAGCAGGGGCCUGAUGGGUUUGGGGGAGAGGUGUGCCUCUGUCCCAAAGGAAGGGUAGGGAUCUGGGGAGGCCAGCGCCACACGCACAUCCCGCCAUAGUUAGAUCAGGGCGCUCCGCUGGACGCCCUGGGCCGCCGAGAGGAGAUUCAGGUCGUCUUCAACUCCGACUCCCAAAUGCCAUAUCAUGAACUCUCACUCACCAUGCCGCUAUUAGCCGCGGCCACUUGGAGGCGCAGACCCGCGGCUUCUGCCCCUUGGGAGUGGGGUGACGGGUAGGGGGAUGUCAUGCGUUUGUCUCAGUUGACGAGGUCUGGCCCUUCCCCAGAGCUGCUCGCUUUGAGGGACUCCUCUCAGAUCCGGGUACGCGGGACCUGGUCCCUCACCCACCUAGAAGCGAGGGCGGGAUUCGGGGUACAGAUUCUGAGAAAAUUAGGGAGCUGCGGGCAGAAACUUGCAUGGAGCUCAACCUGCGCAAUCCUACACAGAGCCUCUAGAAGGGUAUUGGGGUCUUGUUUGCCAGACUCUGGACCUGGUGGAUGGAAUGAGGUGGAUGCUGCCCCAGAACCCAGUCAUGUAGCAAGGUAGACCAGAGAGCCAGUCCAGAACCCUGCCUACAUCCACACUUCUAUGGAGACAGGUUUCAGAACUGCUUUUAAAUUUUUUUCCUCAUAAAAUUAAUUGUGCUCAUCAUAGAAACUAAAAAAUGCAGUAACUACUCCACUUACAAUAUACUUCUUGAGUAUCCCAGUGGGUCCAGCCCACCCAUUAUUCCAUUAAUUCCUGCUUGACACAUAGGGAAACUAUGUGUAAACAAAUAGAGGACAUGGGAAUCAGAUCCAAGAGCACAUACAUAUAGACAUACCACAUACAAACAGAUACAAACACACAAACUGGCAGAAACAGCUCCAUCCAGAUAUGUAACAAGGUAACAUUUAAGGUACAGCCUUUCAGGUCCUUCUAGGCACAUUUGGAGAUACUUUUUUUUAAGAAAUGGUGCCCUUGAAAUGACACUGGAAAAAGUGGAUGUACUGGACUUUAAAGAGAGAAAUACUCGCUAUGGGGAGAGAAAAACACGAGCAAACUUAAAAGAACAGGGAGAAAAAUAUCUUCCAUAAACAGAAGACAAAGGGUUGUUAUUACAAGGUAGACCUCCGAAUUCUUUUUUUCUCACCCCCUCCACCUUUUUCUUUUUAAAGCCAGUCAACUCUAUAGAAAAAUAAGCCAAAAGAUGAACAGAAAACUCAGCGUACCAAUGGCCAACAAACAUUUGUGACAAUGCACAAAGCCAUGCAAAUAAAAAUGCUCAUUAACAAGACACCUGUCAUAAAAAGGAGUGCAAUACACUUCUGGUGGAAGUGCAAUGUAGUAUAUAACCUUUUGGGAAGGUAAUUCAGUUGUAUACACUUGUGGGCCAACGAAUGUUUAGUAACUGGCACUCUGGAAAAGGAGAAGGGGGCUGAAUCUGUAGCAUUUGCCAGUUUCCAUUGUGUAAAUAUUGCCAUUAUGGUUGAUUUGAAGCUAUCGAUAUGCUAUCACUGAACAGGAAAUUAGGAAGAGAUGCACAAUAUCUGCUAUUAUGUUGUAUUUCUAGCAAGAGACUUGAAAAUAGAUAAUAGUAAAAUACAGUAACAUAAUUAGGAAGUAAUGAGUUUUCAGUAUUUAUCACCUUUGUUUUUAAGGCAAUAAGUCUAUUUAUUUGUAAAUUAACAUAACUUUUAAUAGUGGUUGUGUUUAACAAUCAGCUCUCAGAAUUCCUAAAAGUUUAACUCGAACUAAUCUAAGCAGGUUCUAGCACACCACUGAUUGUAUCCUUUAAAACUAAAAAGUACAAAUUACCUAGGCCUGCAGUCUUGCUUCUGAGAAUCGAUCCAACAGAAAACAGUGGCACACAUAUAUGAAGACAUUUUGUGUACAGUGAUGUUCUUUGCAGGACCGUUUAUUAGAGAAGAAAAAGAAAAAGAAAAUAAGAAAAAAUAUGGCGCAUACCCAACGCCCAACAUUCUUCAAUAUAAGUUAAAUAAAUUAUAGUAGAGUCACACAAGGGACCACUGUAUAGCCAUUAGAAAGAAUGAGGUCAGCCUUUGGGCACAGACAUGAAUAAUGCCAAGACGUUCGUAUAACAAAGCACACUGCAGGUCAAUGUGUGGAGCAUAAAUCCAUUUUUAUAUUGAUAUAAUCACAAGAAAACUUGAAAGUAAUACACACUAAAUGUUAGCAGCAGGUUUCCACAGGCAUGAGACUAAAGAGACAGAGAAGGCAAUUGUCACCAUACUUUCUAUAAUCCCAGAAAAGGAAAGUGGUUGGGAUAUGAGUGAUUUUUCAUUUGUGUGUAUAUGUUCUUCAUUUUCACAAAUAAUUUGUAGAAAACCUUGCCCUGAAUAUUUGCAGUUAAAAUUCUAAGCACAAACAUCUAAUCAUAAUUAUUUCUUUGAGGAAUUUUAUAGAAGUGGAAUCUUUGGGGUAAAUAGUAUGUCCAUUGCCAUGGCUUUUUGUUAUUGCCAAAAUUGCCUUCCAUUACAGUGUCACCAGCAGGGGGCGAGUGCCUGCAUCCCCUCCACUGCUCUCCAUGGUUGGUAGCUUCCAUUUAUUUGAUUACUCAGGAAAGGUAAACAUUGUUGGCUCCAUCUUUAACUUCUUUGUGUGAGUCACCCAUUGUGUCCUUUGCCCAUUUUCUACUGUGGCAUUUUCAAGAUUAACCCACAGAAUCCCUUUUCUGUAG